CCAGGCCCCUGGUCCCAGGGAAACUUCCCUUUCCAGCCUUGUCCCUAGAGGAAGAAGAGGAAGAGGAAGAAGAUGAAGAUGCGGCAGAGCCGGAGUGGCUGCGCAGCGAGGAGCAUCCGAGCCAGUUUUUCGCUGAGGCCCAGCGGCUGCGGGAGCAGAGAUUGUUGCUGGACGAAGAGUGCACCGAGCCGCUCUGGCUUGUGGCAGUGAGUUCUUUGGGGCCAUGCUCCUGAGCGGAAUGAGGGAAUCCCAGGGCACAGAGGUAUCUCUGAGGACCAUCUCCACCCAGGACCUGCGACUUCUCGUCUCUUUUGCUUACUCUGGAGUUGUGCGGGCAAGGUGGCCAGGACUACUGAGAGCUGCCCAGGCUGCUUUGCAGUACCAGAGCUCUUCCUGUCUGGAUUUGUGUCAGAAAGGCUUGGCACGGGGCCUCAGCCCUGCCCGUUGCCUGGCCCUGUUCCCCAUGGCUGAAGCCCCUGGGUUGGAGAGGCUCUGGAGCAAAGCCCGUCACUACCUCCUCACCCACCUGCCUGCUGUAGCCUUGUGUCCUGUUUUCCCUUCUUUACCAGCUGCCUGCUUGGCUGAGCUCCUGGAUAGUGAUGAGCUCCAUGUGCAGGAGGAGUUUGAGGCCUUUGUGGCUGCACGGUGUUGGCUAGCUGCCAACCCUGAGACCCAGGAGUCAGAGGCCAAGGCCCUGCUGCAAUGCGUCCGCUUUGGCCGCAUGUCCACCAGGGAGUUGCGGAGGGUGCGGGCAGCCGGGCUACCUCCACCCCUGACCCGGGAUCUGUUGCACCAGCUGAUGGUAGAGGCUGAUGUUCCAGGCCAAGAGAGACGGAGGGAGCCUGACCGGGCACUGGUAGUGAUUGGCGGGGAUGGGCUCAGACCAGACAUGGCCCUAAGACAACCAUCCCAAGCAGUGUGGUGGGUCCGGGCCUUCCGCUGUGGUGUGGGACUGGUACGAACUGUUGAGUGGGGGCAGUUGCCUGCCCUGCCUGCCCCAGGACGCUUCCGGCAUGGGGCUGCGAGCCUGGCAGGAAGUGAACUCUAUGUGUGUGGGGGACAAGAUUUCUACAGUCACUCCAACACCCUGGCUUCAACUCUCAGGUGGGAGCCCAGUCAAGAGGGCUGGGAGGAGAUGGCUCCUUUGUCCCAGGCUCGAAGCCUUUUCCCGUUGGUGGCACUGGAUGGACAACUUUAUGCCCUGGGUGGAAGACACAAUGGUGUUGCCCUGGACUCUGUGGAGGCCUACAACCCUGAGCUCGACGUCUGGAGGCCAGCACCUGCACUUCCAGCACCGUGUUUUGCCCACGCAGCUGCGAUUUUGGAGGGCCAAUUGUAUGUGAGCGGUGGCUGUGGUGGGACUGGCCAAUACCUGGCCUCAUUCCUGCACUAUGACCCCAAACUUGAGAAGCCAGGGACAUUUCUGAGCCCUAUGGGGGUACCUCGGGCUGGCCAUGUCAUGGCUGCAUUGGGUGGGCGGGUGUAUGUGGCAGGUGGGCUGGGUGAGACUGGGGACCUGCUAAGCUUUGAGGCCUAUGAACUAAGGACUGAUAGCUGGACUCACCUGGCACCCCUACCCUCCCCCCAUGUGGGAGCUGCAGGUGCUGUGCUGCAGGGGGAGCUACUGGUGCUGGGGGGCUACAGUCACCGUACUUACGCACUCUCCCACCUUAUCCAUGCCUACUGUCCUGGCCUGGGCCGAUGGCUUUGCCUGGGAACUCUGCCAAGGCCUCGGGCUGAGAUGCCUGCCUGCAUCCUGACACUGCCCACUGUGCAGCACAUAGCUGUGGUUCCCACCCCACACCAAACCAAACCUGCUGGGUGAAGAGGGAGCAACAGUGUAUGGGGAGAGGAAGGCAUAAG